AUGUCGGGAUUUUCACCUUCUUUUCAAGAGGAUUCUCAUCUUGCAAAUACAUCUGGAUACAAGUCAUCUUCUGCAAUCAAGUUCAAAAGAACAUGGGAUCCCUUUCUUUUAAAACCCGUACAAGAUGAAGAAGAAAAGACUUCACGGUUUGUUCUAGGACUUAACUCGAUUAUUACCUGCUUUGUUGGAAUAUUGGUUUUUGCAUCUGGAUUUUUUAGCACCCCACACUAUGAAAACCCAUCAGAUACUUUCCACUCAGCUCAACUGUGUCCAAUACUUCAGAAAACACAGGCAGGCCCAUUUAUCAAGCUCCAUUUCUCUUUUAUUUCUCAUUAUGAUGACGAGUGUGACGAGUCUAGAAAAAUCAUGGAACCUUUCAAACAGACCUUUUGGAGUACUCAUUAUUGGAGCAGUAUUGAUAGUACCGAACAUUUUAAUAUUACUGAAGAGCUUAUGGAAGGUUAUAUUCAGUCAUUCUCUGUGCCCCCAUAUAUCGGUUGUGCUCAAAGAUAUAUUGCCAUGGGCAAACCAAACAUUGUUCUAUAUCUUUUACUGGCAUUGCUUGCAACAAUCAUAAUAUCAGUGAACUGCUACGUAAAGCCGAAAAGCAACUCAUUGGAUAUCUUGUACAUAUGCAGUAGUAUUGUUAGAAUCCUUGUCACCGGAAUCUUUGUAGGAAGCUACAUCCCUAUUAUUGGAGAAGAAUGGUCUGACCUAAAAACUGUUUCUAAUAACGAAGUUUGGCUACUGAUCAGCCUUUUUGGUAUCCAAGCUGGAACUUCUGUAACCUGUCAUUGGUUUGGGGUUGUUGCAUGCAAAAUGCAUUCAGUUCGACAAAGUUUUGCUUUACCUCUAGUCAGUACAACCAUAGCAGUGAAAAUUGCAGUUUGCAGUGUUUUCGCAGUGCACUAUAAAACAGCUGAAAAACAAUAUGUCAAUACAGGCAAUUUCAGUAUCUCUAUGUUAUGCUCCAAUUUCACCAAUAUCACAGUGGACAAUAGUCACACUGUCAUUCAAAAUCUGUCCCUUGAAAUAUGUUAUAACUUAUGUCAAACUUUAUCUUUUGACCAAAUGUCAAAUGUUGUCAUGGUUGGCAUAUCUGGAAUAUGCUGGUAUAUAGGAUUCAUCAUGUGCACAAGUUAUGUUUGGAAAUUGAAAGUGCAAAGAAUAGAAAGAACAAGCCAACUAUUUGUCCGUCGAUUAUAUGAAGCUGCCUUCGUCGGUCAAUCAAUGCUGCUCAACACAAGAGUGAAACUAAAAAAUAUAGAACAGGACAAAAAAAGAUCCAAAGAGAACAUUAUGAUCUAUUUGUGCGCAACAAUGUGGCAUGAGACAUUUGAUGAAAUGUUGAAAAUUCUUACAUCAGUUUUCAGAUUGGACAGAUACAGGUCUCUGAUAAGAAAAGAUCCUUUUGAAUUUGAAACGCAUAUUUAUUUUGAUGACGCAUUCACUGAAGAUUUUAAAGGCAAAGCGGGCAUGAAGACAAGAACCAUAAAUAACUAUGUAAAAUGUCUUGUCACCGUGAUUGAAGAAGUAUAUAGAGUUUUCACAUAUAAUAAAGAAGUAUUUUCAAAGGCUAACAUUUCAAACGUAGAACAAAAGAUUAUGGUGACACCUUAUGGCGGACGGUUGUGUUACAGGCUUCCUCAUAGAAACCUCCUGUUUGUGCAUUUGAAAGAUAAACAGAAAAUUCGACAUAGGAAGAGAUGGUCUCAGAUAAUGUACCUGUUUUAUUUACUGGGAUGGAAGAUGUUUCGCAAAUAUUCAACUUUAUCAGAAGAAGAGAAAAAUGAAGAAUUAAUAAAUAAAUUACAGGAGGAAAAAUCAAACACUUAUAUUUUAGCCCUCGAUGGUGACACUGAUUUUCAGCCAUCCGCAUUAAUGCUACUGGUGGACAGACUCAAGAUGUAUCCACAAGUUGGAGCAGCCUGUGGAAGAAUACACCCAACUGGCAUGGGUCCUAUGGUCUGGUUUCAGAAGUUUGAAUACGCUGUGGGCCAUUGGCUGCAAAAAUCCUCAGAGCACGUCUAUGGUUGUGUCCUCUGCAGUCCUGGGUGCUUUAGUUUGUUUAGAGCAUCUGCACUUAUGGAUGACAACGUGCUGAAAAAAUACAGCACAAAAUCAACGGAAGCUACUCACUAUGUUCAGUAUGAUCAAGGUGAAGAUCGAUGGCUCUGUACACUAAUCCUUCAACAAGGCUGGCGUGUGGAAUAUAACGCUGCAUCUGAUGCCUACACAAAUGCUCCACAGGAAUUUGAAGAAUUUUAUAAUCAACGCAGACGAUGGGGACCGUCGACCAUGGCCAAUACCCUUGACCUACUACAUACUGGAGGACAAACAGCGAAAAGAAAUCCAUCUAUCUCAUUACCUUAUGUUCUGUAUCAGACACUAACUAUGACUUCAUCAAUUUUAAGCCCUGCUACUGUCUGUCUUAUGAUUGCAGGUUCCUUUUCAUUUCUUUUUCAGUGGCAUGGCAAUGGUAGUUUAUUGAUAGCCAUAUUUCCUCCUGCUCUUUAUAUUGUGAUUUGUUACGUGGCAAAACCAAAAACCCAAAUAACAAUUGCAGGAAUUCUUAGUGUUUGCUAUGCUUUCCUAAUGACAGCAACCAUUUUCUGUAUUAUUGGAGACAUGAUUAGGCAACAAACCUUUGUGACACCCACCGGCAUAUUUCUAAUUUCUAUGGGCUUGAUAUAUCUGAUAACAGCUUUACUGCAUCCUCAGGAAUUUUCAUUAAUUAUCUAUGGACUUCUGUACGUUAUUUGUGUACCAAGUGCCUAUCUUCUAUUAACUAUUUAUUCAUUAGUUAACAUGAAUAAUGUCACAUGGGGAACUCGUGAAGCUGUCAAACCCAUACAGAAUAAGAAAAAAGAGGACAAAAAGGUCAAAUAUAAGAAGAGUUGUAACUGCUUCUGUUGUGAUAUUGACAUACAGAUUAAUGAAAAAGAAAAUGUACUUAAGGAAUUUGUCCAGCCGGUCCCCACUGAAAGCCAAGAAGGUGAAAAUGAGAUCAAAGAAGAAGAGAAACAUAUUUGUGAUGAUGGAUGGAUUCAAGAAUUACAAAAUAUAUCAAGUUACAAUGUGCUGAAGAAAGAGGAAUUAGAGGAGGAGGAAGUUCCAUUUUGGGAAAGUGUCAUAAAGCAUUACCUGGAACCCCUUCAUGAAGAUAAGAAGAAACAAGCCGAAGUAGCAAAAGAUUUGAAGUCUUUGAGAAACAAAGUGACCUUUUUGUUUUUUCUUAUGAAUUUGCUGUGGAUAGUUGCAACAUUUUUCCUGCAAUUGAUUGGCUCUUCUAUCAGCAUUGUUAUACCCAAAGUUUAUCCCAAUGGAACUGUGUCAACUACAGAAAAAUUGUAUGUGGAACCCAUCGGAUUUAUGUUUUUAAUAUCAUUUGCCAUCUUGCUUUUGUUACAGUUCGGUGCGCUUCUUUAUCACAGAAUCUACACAUUGAUUCAUUUCAUUGCUUAUCAAGAAACAGAAGGGAAGGGUAACAGAGAGACUACAACAUAUGAAAGUGAUUCUGGCUACAACAUGACAAAAAGAAAUGAACAUGUAUAUGAAAACCAUGAAGCAAUAAAGAAGGAAUAG